UAAAAGGACGAUCAUUCAAUGACUCAAUAGGUAGUUCUUUGUCGACGCUCCGAAGACAAUAAGAGACACUCUUGUGCUAAACAAUUUGUUCGUUUCUUUACCAUUCAAAAGGUUACAUUUUUAAAAUGUGGAGUAAAAUUUUGAUAAUCUCUGUUGUUGUGGGUGUGUGCAUUGCUGCAACGGUCACGGUGGCUAAGCCACCAGAGGAGGAACUAGUGCCAGCCGCUGUUGUGGACGAUCUUAAGACGGCCGAAUCGAAUGUCGGCCGACAAUUUAGUCAUGGUGGAUAUGGUUCUUAUCCCUACUUCGGAUUUGGUGGAUACGGCGGCAAUUUUGGACAAGUUGGCGGAUUCGGUGGAUAUGGAGGUUAUGGCGGAUCUUGGGGCGGACAUCACAGCCAUGGAGGAUAUGGAGGCUAUGGUCACCAGGGCUACCCACACGGAGGCGGCUAUGGCCAUCAUCACGGCUGAUUGGCAUUGAUCAUAGAAAAUGUGUAACUCAAACAUGCCGUCAAUGAAUCAAAAAUGAAUAAAAGUUUUGAUGAGAAAAAAAAA